AUGCUGAGUCGCAUUAUGGAAGGGCUCACUCAGCCUCCGCAGAUUACCUCUAAUGUUCCCCAGUCCCUAGGGCUCCUGCUGGCCCUGUCAAUGGGACCACUUCCACUGAUUGGUGAGCAUAUCAUCGCUGUGUACCUUGCUCUGCAGCUUGUAUGGUGGCUGCUGCUGUGGAACCGCUCGGUACGCGCUGUCGAAUCACAGUCAACGCGUCGCCAGCUCGAAGAGAAGGCGAAGGAAGCGUGGCUGAAGUGGAUGGACGUGUUGCGCUUUGGUGUCGCGGAGCUGGUCUGCCACCAUCUCCUGCGCUUUGAGGUCGGUGGACAAGUCUGCCUGCUUUACUGCAGCGCCGCUGUGCUGCGCGUCGUGGCGAAGCCGUUCUUUUACGUUGUGGUUCGCCUGUUCGCUGAACCGCAGUGGGCCAGCCAGGUAACCGGGUACGACCCUGCGUCUCUUCUGGAAUCCAUAGGCUGGGGUGAAAAGACGGAAUUCACCAGCGGUCCUGCGUGGAAGCAGCACGGACAGGCCGGUGGCGCUGGUGCAAAGGCAACAUCGGCGCAGAUGCGGGUGUCGAGUCUGGCGCCGACGCAGAGCGCAGAUAGUGCGAAGAACAACAAUAGUCGCUGCAAAGUGCUGGACGAGGGGCUGCACUUUAACCGCACUGCCCGUGGGUGCCUGCUGCAGUUGUCCGAGUGA